UUACCUAUUGGGACCCACCACUCGUAACGCGGUAACGACUCUCUCUCUCCCAAAGACUCACAAGUCACAGCCAUUGCGUGACUAACGCCAUUCUCUCUCUUUCGUCUCCUUCUUCUAUCUCUCUCUCUCUCUCUCUCUCUCUCUCUCUAAAAGGACUGGACAGUGAAUUCCAAAGGCCCUUCUUCUACUCAAAUGCACACUUAAUUUGACUUGACCCAUUUACUCUCUCUCUCUCUCUCUCUCUCUCUCUCUCUAACAUUUCUCUUUGGUUUUUGCUUCUUUUGUAGUGUAUAGGCUCUUUCCACUUUGCUCUAAAAAAAUGGCUUCUGUUUCCCUCAUCUUCUUCUCUCUCUCUUUCUUUCUCUUCUUCUUCUUCUCUCCCUCUCUCUGCACCAAUUCUGAAGGAAAUGCUUUGCAUGCUUUGAGAAGUAGGCUUUCUGAUCCAACCAAUGUGUUGCAGAGCUGGGACCCAACUCUGGUCAAUCCCUGCACCUGGUUCCAUGUCACUUGUGAUUCCAACAAUCAUGUGAUUCGUUUGGACUUGGGGAAUUCUAACGUUUCUGGAACUUUAGGACCUGAGCUUGGCCAACUCCAGCAUCUGCAGUACUUGGAGCUUUAUAGAAAUGAUAUAGGAGGCAAAAUUCCCAAGGAGUUGGGUAAGUUGAAAAAUCUUAUUAGUAUAGAUAUGUAUGAGAAUAAAUUUGAAGGAAAAAUACCCAAGUCCUUAGCCAAAUUGAAGUCAUUGAGAUUCCUACGGCUAAACAACAAUAAGCUAAGUGGAUCAAUUCCAAGGGAGUUCACCACCCUCAAUGACCUCAAAGUUUUCGAUGUAUCUAAUAAUGAACUUUGUGGAACAAUUCCAGUUGAUGGUCCUUUUGCUACUUUUCCAAUGGAAAGUUUUGAAAACAACAAGCUUAAUGGACCGGAGCUGAAGGGACUUGCACCCUAUGACUUCGGAUGUUGAAGCCUAGAAAGUUCGAUUCAGUCGGAGUUGAUCCUUUGAAGACUGUAAUACUAUGGGUGUAUAACUACUCAUCAUGAUAUAGUAGAAGUGGUGAUGUGCCUGAUUACAAUCUGUACUUGAUGAAGGCUGUCAACCUUUGAUGUAGGAUCUGUAUUAAAAGCAAGGAAAUAAAAAUGGAUGCCCAACAUUUAUGACCUUACAGUCUUUAUAGUAUGCCUAUAUAUGUAAGUUGACUGGAUAAUUUGGCAAAUAAAAAUCUACUGCUACUAGCUCCAAAUUGUGGA